UCCUCCAGAGCCCGGGGAGCGAGGCAGCAGCGGCCGCGGGUGCCCGGCCCGGCAGAGGGGGGCUCAUGCUCUGAGUGGCAGGGCGGGACCCUGACCAGCCGCCCCCAUGGGCUGCCGCUGCCCCCGGCUCCCUGCCGGGCCCCUGGUCCUCCUCCUCGCCUGGCUCCUGGAGCCCGCCGCGGUCUCUGCCGUCUCCGAAGCGGCGAUGGGCAUCGCCAGCCCCGACCCCGGCAGCUCAGGGACUCCGCAGCCGCCGAGCGGGACCCCCUUCGAGGAGACCCGGGUCCACAUCUUCACCCUGGACUAUCCGCACGUGCAGAUCCCCUUCGAGAUCACCCUCUGGAUCCUGCUGGCUUCCCUGGCCAAGAUCGGCUUUCAUCUCUAUCACAAGUUGCCCUCGGUCGUGCCUGAGAGCUGCCUCCUUAUUCUGGUUGGAUUACUGCUGGGUGGAAUUAUUUUUGGAGCCAAGGAAAAGUCCCCACCUGCAAUAAAGAGUGAUAUUUUUUUCUUGUAUCUCCUUCCACCGAUUGUACUCGAUGCCGGAUAUUUCAUGCCAACUCGCCUUUUCUUUGAGAACUUUGGUACUAUAUUCUGGUAUGCAGUAGUGGGAACACUCUGGAAUUCUAUUGGCAUUGGGCUUUCCCUCUUUGGAAUUUGCCAGAUUGAAAUAUUUGGCUUGACUGAUAUCACUUUGCUGCAGAGUCUGCUCUUUGGAAGCUUAAUUUCAGCUGUGGAUCCUGUGGCAGUGCUGGCUGUUUUUGAAAAUAUUCAUGUCAAUGAACAGCUUUACAUCCUAGUGUUUGGAGAGUCUCUGUUGAAUGAUGCCGUAACUGUGGUCCUGUACAAUUUGUUCAAGACUUUCUGCCAGAUGCACACAAUUGAGACCAUUGAUGUAUUUGCUGGAAUUGCUAAAUUCGUUGUAGUUGGGAUUGGUGGAGUGUUGAUUGGAAUCUUUUUGGGAUUUGUGGCAGCAUUUACAACCCGUUUCACCCAUAAAAUCCGAGUGAUUGAGCCACUUUUUGUCUUCCUCUACAGUUACUUGUCAUAUAUAACAGCUGAAAUGUUUCACUUCUCAGGCAUUAUGGCGAUAACAGCUUGUGCCAUGACCAUGAAUAAGUAUGUGGAGGAGAAUGUUUCCCAGAAGUCCUACACAACCAUAAAGUAUUUCAUGAAGAUGCUGAGCAGUGUCAGUGAGACCCUGAUCUUUAUUUUCAUGGGAGUGUCCACGGUUGGAAAAAACCAUGAAUGGAAUUGGGCCUUUGUUAGCUUCACCCUCCUCUUCUGUUUGAUCUGGCGUGCACUGGGUGUUUUUGUUUUGACUCAGAUCAUUAACGUGUUCCGGACAAUUCCUCUAACUUUUAAGGACCAGUUCAUUAUUGCCUAUGGAGGUCUCCGAGGAGCCAUCUGUUUUUCUCUUGUCUUUCUGCUUCCUGCUGCUGUGAUCCCCAGAAAGAAAUUGUUCAUUACUGCUACUAUUGUGGUGAUAUUCUUUACCGUUUUCAUUCAGGGAAUAACAAUUCGCCCACUGGUGGAGUUUCUUGAUGUUAAAAGAUCGAAUAAAAAGCAGCCAGCUGUCAGUGAAGAAAUUUACAGUCGGUUCUUUGAUCAUGUGAAGACGGGAAUUGAAGAUGUGUGCGGACACUGGGGUCACAACUUUUGGAAAGAUAAGUUUAAAAAAUUUGACAAUAAGUUCCUGCGGAGACUUCUAAUCCGGGAGAACCAGCCCAAAUCAAGCAUUGUUUCCCUGUAUAAGAAGCUGGAAAUCAAACACGCCAUUGAGAUGGCAGAAAGUGGGAUGAUAAGUACAGUCCCAUCCUCAGAUUCUCUCAAUGACUAUCUGUUGGAAGAUAAAGUAAGGCCGCUUUCCCCUGCUGAAAUGGAUAAUAUGCGAGAAAUAUUAACAAAGAAUCUCUAUCAAAUACGACAUCGAACAAUGUCAUAUAACAGACACAGCCUGGCUGCAGAUGCAAGUGAAAAACAGGCCAAAGAAAUUCUUAUCCGUCGCCGGCACAGCCUGAGGGAGAGUGUAAAGAAAACCUGCAGCCUGUCUAGGGACAAACCGGCUCUCUCCAAAGCAACACGGUUUCUGUCCCUGCCUAAAGACGCUAAACUGCCAGAGAAAUUACGAAUAAGGAAUAAAACAUCUUUUAGAGUAGGGGGUGCUGACAGCAGUGACUCUGAAUUGGAGCUUCCUACCACAGUGCUCAAUUUAAAACCCAGAGCACGAAAAAUUUUGCGAGACCAGAGCCAGCACCAGCCACUGCGGCAAUUUAGAAUGGAGUGGAGAAAUGAAGUUAAUGGAGACCAGGAUGGAAGGGUAGAUCGCAGAGAAACGGACAAUGAAGCUCAAGCAUCUGGAGGGUUCAGGCAACCACUGCUAUCGAGACCAAGAUUUGGAACAGUGAGUGAAGAAAAUUUGACUGAAGAUGUUAGAUCAACAAGACCAAUGCCACCACCGCGAAUAGUCAGGUGGGCAUCAGAAGCUGAAAGGCAUAAAAAUACAUCUCCAAAUCAGCCAUACUGA